UAGAAAUAUGAAAGUACAUCUAAUAAUUCUCCUAUUUUUUAGUCUGUGCAUUUGGACACAAGAUGCAGCAUAUUUACCUUCUAUUUAUGGUAUGCAAGGUCUCAGAAUAUCGUGUGAUACAGAAUUGCAAUUAAAGUAUGUACGUAAUUAUGAAGGUAGUCUUGGUUUUGAUUUUAUUAAAAUUCCUCGUGUACUACAAAAGCCCAUUGAAGUAUUGGUCGUAGCUGAAAAGCUACAAUUGUUUAAAAAUAAUCUUAUAGCAAAUGGUAUUAAUUACGAAGUCUUUUUGGAAGAUGUGGGUGCUCAUAUAGACAAACAAUUUGCUCUGGAAUAUGAUGAACGCAUAGUAAACCCUAAAAACGAGAUUUUGAAAACUUUUCCACUAUAUAAUGAGAUUACAUUAUACCUUGAAAGCCUUCAAAAUUCUCACAGUGAUAUUUUACAGACAUUCACUAUCGGCAAAAGUUUUGAAAAUAGAGAUAUUAUAGGUGUAAAAAUUUCAAGCGGUGGUUCUGGAAAACCUGCAUUAUUCAUUGAUGCCGGUAUACAUGCUCGUGAGUGGAUUGCCCCAACUACUGCUAUAUAUGCAAUAAAACAGCUUGCAGAAAAUGCAAGUAACAGCUAUAUUUUUGAUAAUAUUGAUAUCUACAUUGUUCCGUGUCUUAAUCCUGAUGGCUAUGAAUUUACGCACAGGAACUCUGCGAACCGAAUGUGGAGAAAAACACGAUCUACUAAAAAAUUCUCUCCAUGUGUUGGAGUUGACGCAAACCGAAAUUUUGAUUUCGAAUGGAUGACUGUUGGUGCAUCUUCUAAUCCAUGCAGUGAAACAUAUGCCGGUGUUACAGCAUUUUCCGAACCGGAAACUUCUGCCUUGAGAGAUUUUCUUUUAUCAAAGAACAAUACAAUCAAAGUUUAUAUUACAUUCCACUCAUAUGGCAAUUUUCUACUACAUCCAUGGGGUUACACUGAAGAAUUACCAACAAACGAACCAACACUUAGAUGUGUUGCUGACAAAGCAGAGAAUAAACUUUCUCAAAAGCGUGGAACACAUUAUGAGAUUGGUAGUUCUACUAAUGUUUUGUAUGCAGCUGCAGGCGGUAGUGAUGAUUGGGCAAUGGGUGUUGCUGGUAUUGAGUUGGCUUACACCAUGGAAUUACCUAGUCAAAGGUACGGAUUUGCUGCACCACGCAGUGAGAUCAUUCCUGUUGGUCAAGAAACUUUUGAAGCUAUUAAAAUUUUCGCAAAAUAUGUGGAGGGCGUAAAAUGUCAAGAUCUUUAAAUUUCAUAAAGCUGUAAUAUACGAUUGGAAUAGUUUGUAUAUUCCUCUACUUUUUAUUUUUAUGACACAGUAUAAAAAAAAAAUGAAAAUAUAAAUAAAAACCUUGUA